AUGCAAUGCAAUGACCGGCUUAUUUGUAAGCGGCUUGGUGUAAUCAUGUAUGCUACCAAAUGUGAAUCACCCAAUCAUUCAGCUGUUACCUUUUCGACUACAGAUGCUUUCUUCCAUGUACGCACAACUUUUAUCAUUGAGUUCAGUCUACAAUGUGCUAAUAAUGUCAAGGAUAUGAUUGUUUAUGGAAUUAUAAAUGGAAAAGUUCACCAAGCAGCAGUUUCAGAAGAAACAUCAAAGCAUCAAAUAUCUUGGCAGUUAGAGCACGAAGAGUCUAGUGCUCAAGUUUUCAAUGUUAUGAUCUAUGAUGAGGACGGUUUGACUGCUUAUCGCAAAGCGGAAAGAAAUCAUGAUAAUGCAUCUAAAGUAAAACCACUGUUCACAAUCCAACUUAAACAUCCUGGUGUCUCGAAAUCAUUUCCAGUUGCAUCAGAAACUGUUGUUACAGCGUUAUCUCUGUUUAUUCUCUAUAUCGGUUACCAUUUUAAAAAUCAGCUAAUGGCUUGA